UGCUCUCCGUGUAUAUGUUUGUGCGCGCGGGGAGAGCUGCCCCCUCUAUCCCCAGCACCUUCGCUGCGGGCCACUUCACUUCUCUCUUCGGAGAAGAACAUCUCUAAGGCUCCGAUUCUCCCCCAAGAAAGGCAGAACGUGUCCUGCUGAACUCAAUUCAUUGUUCUUGCUGCUGUUGGCGGUUGACUGAAGACGUUAUCCACAUCUGUGUGCAAACGCCCCACUGACUGCAAAGAUGGAACUGCAAAAGAUGGGAAGUGAGAUCGGCACUGAAAGACUGAACGGUACCAUACUUGAUAGUGACAAAGCAGCUGUCCUGGAGGAUGGGUAUGAGGAGGAGGAACGUGUUUCAGCAGAACAAGAUGGGUUCUUGCCUCACACUGCCAGCAAGAAACUGAGCCAAUUCACUGAUUUUGAGGGAAAGACUUCGUUUGGGAUGUCAGUCUUUAAUCUGAGCAACGCCAUCAUGGGGAGUGGCAUCUUGGGCCUGGCCUAUGCCAUGAGGAAUACAGGAAUCAUCCUCUUUGUGGUCCUUUUGGUCUGCAUUGCUUUGCUCUCCUCCUAUUCCAUUCACCUGCUGCUGAAGUGUGCUGGAGUUGUCGGAAUUAGAGCAUAUGAACAGUUGGGAUUGAAGGCCUUUGGCCAUGGGGGCAAAGUGGUGGCUGCUGUCAUAAUCUCAAUACACAACAUAGGAGCCAUGUCCAGUUACUUGUUCAUUGUUAAAUCUGAGCUGCCGCUUGUGAUCCAAACCUUCUUAGGGCUGACAGCGAACAACGGCGAGUGGUACAUGAAUGGGCAAAUUUUAAUAAUUGUCGUCAGCGCUAGUGUCAUCCUGCCCCUGGCUCUGAUGAAACAUUUAGGUUAUCUUGGUUAUACCAGUGGACUCUCACUCACCUGCAUGUUUUUCUUUCUUAUCUCGGUAAUUUACAAGAAAUUCCAGAUCCCCUGUCCCUUCAAUGAUACUGUGGGGAACAAUAGCACCAUGGAGUCCAGUCAUGAUGCCUGUAGUGCUGAAGUCUUUCCUCUGAAUUCUCAGACAGCAUAUGCAAUCCCCAUCUUGGCAUUUGCCUUUGUUUGCCAUCCAGAAGUGCUUCCUAUUUACACCGAGCUACGCAGGGCUUCAAAGCGUCGAAUGCAGAAUGUAGCCAAUAUCUCCAUCCUGGCCAUGUUUUCCAUGUAUCUGAUGACAGCUAUCUUUGGUUACCUCACCUUUUAUGGGAAUGUUGAAGCAGAGAUGUUGCACACAUACAUCAGAGUUGACCCUCUAGACAAGCUUAUCCUUUGUGUGCGAUUGGCUGUACUCCUAGCUGUGACACUCACUGUGCCAGUGGUUCUGUUUCCGAUCCGCAGGGCCAUCCAGCAGUUGCUCUUCCCCAAGAAGGAUUUCAGCUGGCUCCGUCACAUCAUCAUUGCUUGCAGCCUGCUUUUUAUUGUUAACCUCCUUGUCAUUUUUGUGCCAAACAUCAAGGAUAUUUUUGGAGUCAUUGGAGCCACAUCAGCCCCCAGCCUCAUCUUUAUCCUUCCCAGCAUUUUCUAUAUCCGAAUUAUCCCCAACGAAAAAGAGCCACUACGUUCCAGACCCAAAAUCCAGGCUGCGUGUUUUGCUGCCCUUGGUUUCAUUUUCAUGGUGAUGAGCCUCACUUUUAUCAUCGUCGACUGGGUAACCACAGGGAAGAGUGCUGGAGUGAAUCACUAACAAACCCCACUCCUGCCCCCAAGAGACAAGGUGGUUCUAACCAGGGAGACCAUUCAGUGCCAGAGAAACUGCAGUGCCUUCUGCUGUUUAUCCUCACUCAUCCUGGAGACACCACAAUUGCCUGCCCAUCACUUUGGAGAAGUGUUGGAAGGCACCCCUUUGGUGCUGUGGCAAUGCAAAGUAAUUUGGAACAGCUCUGGGCUUCACUACGGUCCUUCUGAGGCCUAGGCCUCUAAAACAGCCUCUGAAAGAGCCUAUCUGUUGCCACGAAUAAGCUCCCUUCAUUUGCUGGCUCCUAUGGUAGCAGCAUGAUGCUCCUGGCCUUCGUUUUUUUUCUCCCUGGCAAUACAGCACCAUCACCAACAAUUGCAUGUCUCAACAAAACCAUGUGGGGUUUGGUUUGGGGUUUUCUUUGCCCAGGAUGAUCGUGCUGCCUCUUGACAAGGUUUGGUUUGGUUUGCCUUUUUUCCAUUCUCCUCCUCCUCCUCUUCUCCUCCCCCUUUGCCAUUAUGGAAGGAAUUUCUGGCUGGUUUUUCCUCAUUUGUCAUUGUACCAAAUGGUGCCUUGAUGUCUCAACAACUGUGACUCCUUAUCCUUUGUUAUCCAACAUGGAAGUGGGGUCCUGUUCCUGGUUACUAUGGAGGCAGAGCCUCGCCUCCAUCCACUUGCCUGAUAUCACUCAGUCUCCUGCCUGAUAUCACUUAAGACAGCAGCAAUGAUGCCAGCUGACAGUGAAGGGGAUGCCACGCCUGGAUGGGUGCGAUCGAAGCAACGGACAAUCUAAUUUAUUUACUCGUAUUUAAUUUGAACCUGGCUACCAGACCAAAGAAUAUAAAUAACAUAGCCAUCCUGAUGCCUAUCUAAUCCAUGCCACGAUUCCAGGUUUUUCAGACAUAGAAGAGGUCUGGGAAUCAAGGGAGGGAGGAGAAAUAGGGAGCCUGGAAUCCUGGACAUCUUCUCCCAGCUCUGGAGGUAGAGUAGAAUGGAUCAUAUAGGUACAGUGGGAGACUCAAGGGCUCCCUGGUAGCGGGAGGGGAAUGCAGCUCCCCCAAAUUGUGGGAGAAGGUCGCUUGCUUUCUCCUAUCUGAACAAUGCUAGAUUUUUUCCUGAGGCCAUCCAGAAAAGUUAAUACUACCUACACUACACCACCACCUGGUGAUUUCCCUUUGAUGCAACUCCCUGGGCCCCAGGGAUUAAAUUUAUAAGUGCUACAUCUGAAUUCAGGAUUCCAUUACUUCCUAUCUGAAAGUUCGGAAGUAGCUGAAUCUGCUGCUACGGCUCAGUUAACUUCAAGUGGUGCUGAUAUGCAAAAUGACAAAAGCGUUUACUAAUACAAUGGCUGUAGUUAUACAUCAUACUUAACCAAGCCAGUUACAAAUCUAACGGAUGCAUUUGCACAAUAUGCUACACGUGGCUAGUUUUUCAUGGUUUAGUAUGUUGUGUAAGCCCACCUGGUUAGUUUAGGGCUUGGCGUAUGUGUGCAAAUAAAUUAAUUCAGUGAUCAGUUUAAGUGUGAUACAAGCCAGCAAGGCGUUCCUAGGCAUAUCCCUUUGGAAUUGCCACACCAGAUUCUCUUUCCCCAGCAUCUGUGCAAUGACAUCUUAAAUCACUGUCCUCCAGUAUGUUCCCUGUGUAAUUUCUACCUUUUUCAAUUCAGAGAUACUGAGGUGGAAGUGAGAGAACAAUGGUAGGCCAGUUUUACUAAUCAUGGAUCGCCUUUCCUCUGCCCGAACAGGUGUAGUUUUGUUAUGUGCAGUGAAGCUACUAAGGAAUUUAACAUGUAAGGAUGCACCUGUAUAUCUUCACUGUUAUCUUCAUGGUCACUGACAUGUGACCUCUUAAUCUUUUAAUUUGCACUUUUCAGGAUCUUUUGAAAUUCUUUUCUCUCUCUCCCUCUCCCUCUCUCCCUCUCCCACCACAAUAGCACUUACAUGUAAAGAUGUUUUAACAAAACAAAAUACUGCUAUUCCAGCAGAACAUGCCACUUUAUUUUUAUAUUUUGAGACAUUUAUGUGCUAUUCACCUUUUUCUAUAAUCGAAUUAGUCAUGUUAGAAGGUGUUGUAGUCAAAACUUUGAGAAGGGAUGAAAGUCUUUUUUUUAAGUUGAAAGUUGAUAUGUUCAUGUGAAUAGUUAGUCCUUUGACUCUGAGGAGCUAAAUAUCCCCUGAAUUGAGGACCUUUCAUUGCAGUUUUGCAUGUCCCUUGAGGGUGAAACAAAACAAUGGUUGGAAACUAGAUCUUUUGCUAGGAAGGUUCUGAGCCCAGUCUGACAAAGAUAUGUUUUCAGGAUCACAACCUCUAUUCCGUUAUUCAUCUGUAUCCUCAUUUUUUUUCAUCUCUAAUUAUUUGGUAUCUUUCUACCUUUUGCUCCCCUUCUGCCUGUUAUCUAGCUUUUCCUUGUGCAGAUGUCAAAAAUUGUUCUUGAUCUUGGCUGCACAAGUGCUAAUACUGCCUAGUUGUAUAAUUGCUUGCUCACACUUAAAGAUAUCUUCUUAAAUGCACUUAUAUGGCAUCGCUGAUAAAAACCAUCUAAUGAAAGAAAGUCAGUUAGCUUCUAAGGCAGCCUGCUCCACUGUCUGAACUUUCAGGAAUGUUCCUCCUAACUUUUAGUGGAAAUUAUCUUGUAAUUUGAACCUUUUAGCUUGGGCCAUAGCCCCAGAAAGAGAAAACAAACUUGAUCUGUCAUCUGCAUAAGACCUUUAAUCUUGAUUCUGUUGAACUGCAGACAUAAUGGUAUCACAAAUACCUAGGCUUGAUUUUGGAAAUGAAAGAUGAUGGAAGGGUUUCUUUGACCACCCUAUCUCCAGUAUACAUAAUGAGUUCUGCAUUAUGUACAUUUAUUCUUCUUCAGUUUUUUUUUAAGCUUUUAUCUCUUGCUUCUUGUUUAUCUGUCUCAAUGUAAAGAACUGUUAGGAAUUCAGUAUUUCCUUUCCAUUGAGAAGCUGAGACUCUUGAUGGCUUAACUGAAUGAUACGGGUUCCUUUAGAUAAAGUUUGUGCAUUUCCCUCCAACCAACAUGAAUCACACAUCACAGCUUUUCUCUGCUGAUUAAUCUAUCUUAUUUGAAAAGGAAAGACACUUAGAAAUAUGUCAUUGUGGCACUUACUGCCCAGAAUAAUAUCCAUUAUUUGUGCUGCACCAUCCUUCUACAGUACACGGAGCAGCUGUCUGCCUUUAGAAGUCUACAUAUGGAAAACUUAGAUUAAACUGGAGGUGGCUUGUAUCUUUACAAAAGGAUCCAUAUGCUCAGCAAAAAUGAGAGCACUGUUCCAGUGUAGUAAUAGUAUUAAGGCUGUGCCUGUCAAAAUACUUCCCCCCCCACAUCUGUAAAGUGUUCAUGAAUUGCAAUGUUGAAAAGUGUGCUGUUUGCAGAUUAACAACAUAAUCCUGUGCAUAUCUACUCAGAAGAAAGUUUCCAUGGGAUUUAUUCACAAAUAAGUCUGCUUAAGAUAAUAAGAAUUAUCCCAAGAAUUUUAGCUAUUUUAUUUUAUUUUAUUUUAUUUUAUUUUAUUUUUCGGUCAUUCUAGGCGGUUCUAGAUUUUUUUCAAAAUAAUCUGCCACAUGAUUCAUCCUGUCUUUUCCUGUUAGAAUGCUCAUUAGCAUGAGAAAUUGUUAUAAGACUUGGUUCAGAUCAUGCUUUCCAAAAUGUGCUAGAGUUUCAGUUUCUCAUAUGAUCACUGACCAGAAUACUCAGUUUAUGUAAUUUGUAUGGUUUAUUAACAAGGUAAGCCCCAUGUUUUGGUACCUUUAUCUUCUGGUACAUAUCUGCGAUCAUACUAAGUUCAUACAUACAUACUGAACUUUGGAAUUCUAAACAGACUCAUUACUUGGAGUGAUAUUCAAUUAACCCUUCCUAAUGGUGGAACAAAUUUCAUCCUUAGAACAAGCACAAUGUCAGAAUCUGUUUCUGAACAUAGGGUAAAAGAGAGUAGAAGAAUUCUGAAGUGGAAGUUGGCUUGGGCAGGGUAGGAUACAGAAACACUCGAAGUGAAGUUUUCCGUAAAGGGGACAUGCUUUGCUGAAUCUGAUUGUCAUAUUGCUGCUCAUUCCUUAUCUGAUUCUGAGGAGAAGCAACUUCAUGCAAGGUAAUUGACCCGUGCUACUUCAAAACUAAUGCCACUGAUUGUCAUGCUGCUCCCAUUUAAAUACUAAAUGCCUGUGCUUUUCGCUCUCCUUGGCUUACCAGCUGUAGGGUGGUCAGAUGCAAAAGGGGAUGGUCCAAACAGCAUAUAAAAGAGAGAAAUUCACUAGAAAAGAAUUGUCAUAGCAGCUGUGCUUGCUGACACCCCCUCUUCAGUGCAGCUGUUAAAGUGCAGGAGUCUUGGCCUCUCUUGCAGCCAGCUGCUGCACUAAACGUAUGCUUUUAAACAUUAGAGGAGAAACUCAGGUCAUGUCCCUCAGCAACACCAAACCAUAGUUGAAGUGAUGGAAGGCCUGUUAGGGAACAAUGGUUGAUGACUCUAGUAGACAUUCUAAGUCGCAAAUGGUUGCCUAACAACUGCAGCCUCUUCUAGCCCAGCUGUCAUUCAACGUAGUGGGAAUGCAGAGUGGGGCAUCUGGUUAGAAGCAUUCACAACUGACCCCUUGACUUGGAAACCUGAUACCUUGUGGGAGAGCUUGCUCUCUUUGCUGACCCAUUGAAGUCCACACCUUUUCCUCAUCCAAGUGGUUAUGUACCUCACUGCAACACUACCCCACUAGGAUCUGGAUGGCCUCAGCUUUUUUACUUUUUUUCCAUUAUUUGGGGCUGGCUUUCUGCUUGGGGUAGUAAUGGGAUCCAGAUUUAAGGGAGGAGGGAACACAUUCAAAAUGUGAUAUUGAUGUAAGGACACAGUAUUUGUAUAAUUUUGGUAUUCAAUAAAGAACUGUUGACCUUA